AUAGCCGAUAUCAACGCCCCGAGCCCACGUUGCGGUUAUCCCCAAAGGAAACGGGCACGCAUCGACAGCUACCUUGAGGAGUCAUCCUCAGCUGAAGAAGAUUCAACCGAGACCGCCGAGGUGGUCCCGGAGGCUGCUGCCACGACCAAGAAGAAAGUUCCCGAGCAAGGCAGCGAGAGGCAUAUGCCUUGCGGCCCAUGUGUCACCAGGGCUUUCACUACACCCGGCCAGACAUGCUACAACCAAGGUGGACUUGGCGUUGCGUGCUGGCAAUGCGCAAAGGGUAAUAAGACAUGCGUUCCUGUUCCCUUGCAUAUCCAAUCUAAACUUAAAGCUUGGUGGGACAAGAACCGUACCGAGAAGGAGGACGCUAGCCGUACCAACGAGUUUAUGGAAGAACUUCACAACAUCAUCAGGGAGAUUAGAGCCCACAAAAAAGGGAAUGCUCAACCCCCUCUCCCCGCCGCCCCUGGCUCAUCCUCUGCGGGCCAGCUGCUGUUCAGCACCCUCCCCCGCAAUAGCCCGAACACCGAGACCGCCGAGGAGAAGGAGCAUAGCAUUCGUAAAGUCGAGGCUUUAGAGGCCAUCGCCAACUCGGCCACCAAGUCUGCUGAGGCCUUGGACCUCCUCGUCAAAAACACCGACCAAAUGAAGGAUAGUUUGAAAUAUUCAGGCUCAGCUGAUAGCGAAGAGGAAAAAGACUCUUCCCCUUCUCCCUCUCCAUCCGCCGAUGAGGAAUCGCCUUCGACCGUCAAAGGCCACUACCUUUCUCUCCUCUCCGAGCGCCACGAUCUAACCGAUAAACCCCUGAUCUCCAUUAGCGAUCGAGACGCCCUCCUCGCUCUCGCCGCCGCCCGCGACGACACGAUCGGCGGUCUGCUCCAACGAAAGUACAUCGUAGCAAAGGCCCGCCACGGCAUGGAGCGUAGCAGACACAUCCUCAACAUACGCGCUGAACAAAGGAAUAAGGAGCUAGACAUUGCCUUGCAACAACAAGAGUCAGCAUUGGCUAGGAUGCGAGCUAGGUAUGGCCAGAGGGGUUUUUGA